AUGACCUUUGUCAUUCGCUGGAAGAGAUUAGAAGACAGGAAGGAUCGAGAUUCCAUAUCAUCUUCGCCGGCGGGAAUUCGACGACCGACAGAGUUGACUACUACGCAGUCGAGAUUACUGAGAAUUCAUCAGAGCUUACGGAUAUAAUUGUAUAUAGAGGAUACAGUAUUCCUCGUUCGAAGAAUUUUGAGAGAUUUACAAGUAUUGACGAUAGACCGUGUAAUCGCUGAGUUCUGGGGAUAAAUCGUCCAAUCGCUGAUUGGUGGCGAGUUUUUAGGGGUCCACGAGAAGAACAGGUAUUGAAAACCCUAGUUUAUGAUUUAGUACGCUUUUUCUUGGUUUUUCUCUAAUCAAAGAGGAGAACCGCUUUGUGUGUAUGGAUUGCCAAGAGAAUUGUUUACAUCAUCUCGGCCUGGGGUACUACCAAUUGCGCCAUAUAUGAAGACGUAACGCUGGGAUGCCCUGAAAUUUAUGUGGCUUUAUGUUGAGAUUGGAACAUGAGGCAAAUUUUGCUGGGGAUACCUAUUCUUUAGGGUUUCUCCACUGGGCGAAGCGAUUGAAGCUGCUAUUUAAUUUAAAUUUGAUUGGAAUUCCGCAGAAAUUGAUUGCUACAUAUUCCACGACGUGUUGUUAUUGGCUUCGUCUUUGAUGUUUAUGUUUGUCAAUGAAGAAUUGUCUUUGGUGUUAGGGUUGCGUAGGAUCUUCUUGAUCUUGGGGUAAAUUAAGACUUGGAACGUGGGGAACUGAAUUUGAUGGGUUCGUUUUUUAGUGAUAUAUCCUCCCAGGACCUUCAGAAGGCAGCAUAAUAUAAUUAAACCACAAUGAAUCAAAAUAGGGAAUCUAUAGGGCUUUCCUUUCCUCUUUGUGAUGGUAUGAUGGAUGCCAUGACUUCUGGUGAACCAUUCUGGAACUCUUGCAGAACUGCUGUAUAUGUUGUGUCUAGUUUACUUGUAGAUAAAGGCCAUGGGUCCUUAAUAUCUGCAAGUUAUGUAUAUCAGGCUCAACUUUACUUGGAGUAAGGAGGCUUGGUGCUUCUGAUUGUGGGUGCUAUGCUGCUCCUAUUUCAUGUUGAGUCACUGAAGUUUUAUGCAGAUGAAAUUUUAUUGCAAAUAAGCAUUCAUCUGUCUCCUAAGCGGAAUUCUAUGCAGAUGUUGAUGCACUGUUGCUUUUAUUUGGGAGAUAUGUUGAGAGCUCUUUUUUACUGCUUACAGGUCAUUUUUGCUGGAUCCACGUUUUCCCAGAAGACUUCUAUCUGGACAGAAUUGGAUAUUUGCUUUCUGCCACUAAGAAUUAUCCAUCUGUAUCUCCCUGCAGACAUGGUUAACAUCACGGGUCUUGAAUCAAAUUGUACAAUUCCUGGUUUAAGUCUGAAAGUGGUCACCAAAGGAAGGCGAUCUAGGAAACCAAACUCCAGAAGCUUGAAUAGGGAUGCAAAUUUGCUGAAUAGGAGUCCCAAGAGGGUAGGAUACGUUUCAUUUUCUGAUUCUGACAAGUUUGGUGAAGCUAUCACUAGGGAAGAGAUUUCUGACAAAGUUGAGUGCAUACCAAUUAAGAAAAGGAGGCAUUUGCUUCAGUUGUCAUCACCAUCUCAGGCACCUUCUGGCUAUUGUGAAGAGUCUCCACCUCCUGAAUCCCUGCCUACUCGCACACAAUCUGAAGAGCUAGUAGGUCAAACGAAUUCAGAUUCAUAUUUCACUCAGCAGUCACAAAGUUGUGAUGGACUCAUUACAUUUAAGUCUCCUAAUGACUGCAAGGAUGAAGUUAUGGAUGUGAAGUCUACUGAGGUCUCAAAUGGGGAAUAUUACAGUACUGGGGAUUUCUCAGGCAUUGCACAUCUGGCUGCAGCUGCAUGUAAUGAUGUCAUUGAUUAUAAUUCUGGUAGUGUGGAGGGAAGCUCUGAUAACAAAGCCACCUCAUUACAGCAGAAUUUUUGUGUAUCUACUUCUCCCUUUCCCUUGAAACCAAACUUGUCUGUGAACAAUUCUAUGGAUUCAGCUGAAGGAGACAUACUUUCUGACACUAAGGUUGAAUGCGCAAGUGCUCUUAAAAAGUCCCCAAUUAUUUCUCAGGAUCUGAGUGAAAGGGCAGAAGAUGGGGAAUUAAUUAAAAGGUCAUUCUCUCCAAAAAUUGACAGACUGCAUUGGGACCUUAAUUCUUCCAUGGAUUCAUGGGAGCAGCCUCAUGAUGAUACAGUCAGGAGAAAUGUCUUGAAUAAUGUCAUUUGCAAUGAAAUGCAUGAAGAGAAGCUUGAGAUAGGGAUUCCUAAAGAGCAAAGGGAUUCUGAUAUUUGUCUGGAUAAUUCAGAGAAGUGUAUUCCAUUGACCCAAAUGCAUCCAAGUGUUCUGCCUUCUGUUUUAAAAACAGAAGGAAAUAAGGGAGGACCGGUCUCUUCUCUUAAUGCAACUUGCAAUGAAGAGAUUUCUGCUUCUAAUUUGGGACAUAUUGAACCAAUGGGCUUAUUGUCGGUCGAGAGAGGGAUUCCUAGUCAUGAUGAUGAAGGUGCAUUCCUCACUGAUUCGACAUCUGAUAAGUGUCAUAAUGCCUCUACCAUUUCCAUUUCUGAGAGGAAGUUGACUGCAGCUUCAAGUUCAGGUUGUGCUGCUAUCCAGGGUAUUGGAUCUGAUGUAUCCAAAUGUGGAUGUAAUGCAGAUCUGAUCAAGACUUGUGAAUUAACAGAUGAUAAGGCUUACGUGUGCAAAGCAACUGACACAGUUGACUCUAAAAUGCUGGACAUGGGAACUUCAGAGUGUACAUCAUCAAAGUGUGUUGAUCUGCCUGCCUCAAAAUCCACUGAGGGAGAAUGCGUGUCCACAACUGGAGAAGUCGAUGGGAAAGAUGAUAGGGUUUCUACUCCUAUUACCAAUGUAACUGAUUCUCACAUGCGGUUUGAACCUAAGGGACCACAGAGUGAUGACCCUGCUUAUCCAUCUAUGAAGGUUGGGAUUGAGUCAUCUCCUGAAGAUGGACACAAUUCAGAUAUUUCACAGGAGGAUCAUGUUCAACCCGUUGGCAGUGUGAAUGUGUCUGGAUUUCAGGCCAGUAGUGACUCUCCAUUUGAAGAUGGUGAAUUACAAGGAUCAGUUUUGUAUCCGUGGGAGGAAAACGAGGUUGACUUUGAGAUGGAAUGUGUUGACUAUGAAUCAGAUGGAGAUGCUUUGUAUUCAGAUGAUGCUGAAGUAGUUGAAGCUGGCUCUGCUGGUUCACAUGGUAUAGAGACAAGAAAUUCUCCUGCUAGCAUACAUCAAGAGGAAGAUAUUAAUAAGAGUUGGUCAGGCAAGCAAUCCUUGAGAGGUGAAUCAGCGGAGAUUGAUUUUGAUGUAAAGAAAGGAUCAGAUGCAGGUUCUGGUACCACCACAAUACAUCAUCAAGCUGACAUGAGGCUUGAAGGGAAUAUUGGUGCAAGAAACAGGUGGCGUGCUACCAAUCAUAUGAAUGCAUAUGGAUUCAAACGGGCAUUUAAUGAAGAAACUGGCUCAAGUGCAAACGAGGGUAAGUUGCAGUCACACAUUGAAAUUCCGCGGCAUUUGAAUGCAACAGAUAGGAAGGAUGCUGUGCUGUUGCAGAACUGCAGUCCCCAUGGCGAAUGGGGUUCAUACAGUAAACCUAAAAGAGGUUAUAGCUCAGGAAGAUAUAGGUCUCCUCAUUAUACAAAGGAUGAGAAUGUGCUUUGUGGUAAUCGAGGCCACUGGGAUUCAUCCGACCAUUAUUCAUCGACAUAUCAUGGCUCUGAGAGACGGCCCCCCCUAAUCAGGCAAAGAAGUUUUACUGCUGCAACUGGCAAGUUUGGUGGAACUGAUCCUCAUGACUAUCAACAUGCUAUAAAUUUUCCGAGGAGAUCAUCAGUUGACAGGGAUGACUUUGUUGAAUUUCCUCGGGGAAGGCUACCUGUGAGGAGAGGAAUCAUCUCCAACAACCGUGGGGGAAGGGAAGGUUCCAGAAGAUACAAUCAACAGAUUGUUAGAGUGUUCACAGAGGAAGGAAGCUUUUCACCCUUUUCCAGUAGAGCUGGUGAUAUUUCUUUACCACCCCAAAAGAGAUCUCGUUCUCCUCAUGCAUGGUACCCACAAAGAGAGAGGAUUCUGAGAACAAGACCAAACAGAUCUCCAGAUUCAAGAAUGGAGAGAAGUCGAGUUCCUUUCCAAAAGUAUCGCCAUCCAGAAGGUUUCGUAUCUCCUACCAACAACCACCAGGAUUCUAGAUAUCGCAAUCCUGUUGACAACCAUUUGAGACACAAGAGAUCAAAUAUGGUGGGCAACAUUAAAAGGACAAGCCAAAGAUUUGAUGAUCCUGGAACAGUGAAGCCAGAUGAUUACUUUAGGCCUGAGAGGAUAACAACGGGAAGAUUCCCUCCAGAAAGGGUAUUUAAAUUGGAGGAGAGUAGUAAUUUCAAGAGACGUGAUAGCAGCAGAUAUGAGAUGAUGCAAGAAGGUAGACAUUUUGAUGCCGAUGAUAACUACAAAGGCAGCAUGCAACCCUCAGACCAUUGAAGAAUUCCAUUGUGCUGCUGACCAAAGACUGCUAGGAAAAAUGUGUCCUCUUAAUAUACACAAACUAUAGUCGGACUUGCUGUCCAUUAUAUUUUCAUAUAGUUCUAGAAUUAAUUUUGCUUAUCAAUCUAUUAUUGAUUUUGACCCUCAAA